CUUCCAAGUUUGAGUUUAAACCGACUUGAACUGCAAUUUGAUCUAAAAGAUGAUGAUAAAAUAAUUUCACCACCAUUAUUGAUGAAAUUGGUGAAUGGUGAUUCAGAAUUACUGGAAUGA